AUGUUAGCAAAAGUUGAAGAUAAGAAGCCUAUUAUGACUAAUCCUUGGGAAGAGAAAGUCUGCAAAAUGGCCCAGACGAGUUUACUGCAGGGGAAGCAGUUUUACUGUAGGGAGUGGGUUUUCCACAAGCUUCAGCAUUGCCUCCAGGAGAAAACUAACUGCUGCAACAGCACUGUCAACACGCCGUCCCUCCUGGUGAAUUCUGGGAGCACUGCUGGUGUUGUUUCUGGAAAAGGCGCUGCCUGGGGUGUGCUGUUGGUAGGAGGGCCUGGCAGUGGCAAGACAGCCCUGUGUACUGAGCUCCUGUGGCCAAGUUCACCUACAGGCUUGCAGAGAGGUCUACAUCGCCAGGCUCUGGCCUUCCAUUUCUGCAAAGCCCAGGACUCGGACACGCUGUGUGUGGGCGGGUUUGUUAGAGGGCUUGUUGCCCAGAUUUGCCACAGUGGGCUGCUCCAAGGAUAUGAGGACAAGCUAAGGGACCCAGCGAUCCAGAGCCUCUUGCAGCCUGGGGAAUGUGAGAGGAACCCAGCAGAAGCAUUUAAAAGGUGUGUUCUGCUCCCGCUCUUGGGAAUGAAGCCUCCCCAGCAAAGCCUGUAUCUGCUUGUGGACUCUGUUGAUGAAGGCUGUAAUGUCACUGAAGGCGAACAGACGUCCACCAGCUUGUCGGGGACCGUGGCAGAGUUGUUAGCUGGCCACCAUGAGUUCUUUCCACCAUGGCUACUGCUUCUCUGUUCUGCCCGAAGACAGAGUAAGGCUGUUACUAAAAUGUUUACUGGUUUUCGAAAAAUAAGUUUAGAUGACCUUCGGAAGGCAUAUAUUGUUAAGGAUGUGCAACAGUACAUUCUCCAUCGUUUAGAUCAAGAAGAAGCUUUGCGACAACACCUCACAAAAGAGACUGCAGAGAUGUUAAAUCAACUGCACAUUAAAAGCAGUGGGUGCUUUCUUUAUCUAGAACGGGUUCUAGAUGGAGUUGUAGAAAAUUUUAUUAUGUUACGAGAGAUCCGGGACAUCCCAGGAACUCUAAACGGUCUCUAUCUCUGGCUGUGUCAAAGACUCUUUGUGAGAAAGCAGUUUGCAAAGGUUCAGCCUAUUUUGAAUGUGAUUCUUGCUGCCUGCCGACCUUUGACCAUAACGGAAUUAUAUCAUGCAGUAUGGACCAAAAAUAUGUCAUUAACCUUGGAAGACUUUCAACGCAAGUUAGACGUGCUCUCGAAACUCCUUGUCGAUGGACUAGGAAAUACUAAAAUCCUGUUUCACUACAGCUUUGCCGAGUGGCUUCUGGACGUGAAACACUGCACACAGAAGUAUUUAUGCAAUGCAGCAGAAGGACACAGAAUGCUGGCUAUGAGUUAUACCUGCCAAGCCAAGAACCUAACACCAUUGGAAGCACAAGAAUUUGCAUUGCACUUAAUUAAUUCAAACUUACAGUUGGAGACAGCUGAGUUGGCUCUGUGGAUGAUAUGGAAUGGUACACCUGUCAGAGACUCCCUGUCAACCUUAAUACCCAAGGAGCAAGAAGUGCUACAGCUGUUGGUGAAAGCUGGUGCUCAUGUGAACAGCGAAGACGAUCGCACGUCAUGCAUAGUUCGUCAAGCCUUGGAGAGAGAGGAUUCCAUUCGGACCUUACUAGAUAACGGAGCGUCAGUAAAUCAGUGUGAUUCGAAUGGGAGAACACUACUGGCUAAUGCUGCGUACAGUGGCAACCUUGACGUGGUGAAUUUACUUGUCUCUAGGGGGGCAGAUUUAGAGAUAGAAGAUGCUCACGGGCACACACCACUUACCCUGGCUGCUAGACAGGGACAUACGAAGGUGGUUAAUUGUUUGAUUGGGUGUGGAGCAAACAUCAAUCACACCGAUCAAGAUGGCUGGACAGCACUGAGAUCUGCCGCUUGGGGUGGUCACACGGAGGUGGUUUCUGCGCUGCUCUAUGCCGGUGUGAAAGUGGACUGUGCGGAUGCCGACAGCCGGACAGCUUUGAGAGCGGCGGCUUGGGGAGGACACGAGGACAUUGUGCUGAACUUGCUACAACAUGGUGCUGAAGUCAACAAAGCUGACAACGAAGGUAGGACCGCUCUGAUAGCGGCGGCAUACAUGGGACACAGAGAGAUUGUGGAACACCUUCUGGACCACGGGGCAGAAGUGAAUCACGAGGAUGUCGAUGGCAGGACCGCACUCUCUGUAGCUGCUCUUUGUGUGCCUGCGAGUAAAGGACAUGCAUCCGUUGUCAGCCUUUUAAUUGAUCGAGGUGCUGAAGUAGAUCAUUGUGACAAAGACGGCAUGACCCCGCUGCUGGUGGCUGCCUACGAAGGACACGUUGACGUGGUUGACUUGCUCCUAGAGGGGGGAGCAGAUGUGGAUCACACAGAUAACAACGGGCGUACGCCCCUCUUAGCAGCUGCUUCCAUGGGCCACGCUUCCGUCGUGAACACACUGUUGUUUUGGGGUGCGGCUGUGGACAGCAUUGACAGCGAAGGCAGGACAGUCCUCAGCAUAGCCUCAGCCCAAGGCAAUGUUGAAGUGGUACGCACCCUCCUGGACAGAGGGCUCGAUGAAAAUCACAGGGAUGAUGCUGGGUGGACCCCUUUGCACAUGGCAGCUUUCGAAGGCCACAGAUUAAUAUGUGAAGCGCUUAUUGAACAAGGUGCUAGAACAAAUGAGAUUGAUAACGAUGGACGAAUCCCUUUCAUAUUAGCUGCGCAAGAGGGUCAUUAUGACUGUGUGCAGAUAUUACUGGAAAAUAAGUCCAACAUCGAUCAGAGAGGUUACGACGGGAGAAACGCACUGCGGGUUGCUGCCCUGGAAGGCCACAGGGACAUUGUGGAGCUGCUUUUCAGCCACGGAGCCGACGUUAAUUACAAAGACGCUGACGGGAGGCCUACCCUUUAUAUUCUGGCCUUAGAAAACCAACUUCCCAUGGCCGAGUAUUUUUUAGAAAACGGUGCCAACGUAGAGGCGAGCGAUGCGGAAGGAAGGACAGCGCUUCACGUUUCCUGCUGGCAGGGCCAUCUGGACAUGGUGCAGGUUCUGCUAACCUGCCACGCCGACGUCAACGCCGCGGACAACGAGAAGCGGUCCGCCUUGCAGUCUGCGGCGUGGCAGGGCCACGUCAAAGUGGUGCAGCUUCUGAUCGAGCACGGGGCUGUGGUCGACCACACUUGUAAUCAGGGAGCCACUGCCCUCUGCAUCGCAGCCCAGGAGGGGCACAUCGACGUGGUGCAGGUCCUCCUGGAGCACGGUGCUGACCCCAACCACGCCGAUCAGUUCGGACGCACCGCCAUGCGCGUGGCAGCCAAAAACGGACACUCCCAGAUCAUUAAAUUAUUAGAGAAAUACGGCGCGUCUACUUUGAACGGCUGUUCCCCCUCUCCUGUUCACACCAUGGAGCAGAAGCCUCUGCAAUCAGCGUCUUCAAAAAUGCAGUCGUUGACAAUUAAAUCAAACAGCUCCGGCAGCACAGGCGGUGGGGACAUGCAGCCCUCACUGCGCGGUUUACCCAACGGGCCAGCGCACGCGUUCAGUUCUCCUUCCGAAUCUCCAGACUCUACAGUCGAUCGGCAGAAGUCAUCCUUGUCAAAUAAUUCCCUGAAAAGCUCCAAAAAUUCAUCUUUGAGAACGACGUCGUCCACAGCCACGGCUCAAACCGUGCCGAUGGACAGCUUUCACAGCCUGUCGUUCACGGAGCAGAUCCAGCAGCACUCGCUGCCCCGCAGCAGAAGCCGGCAGUCCAUCGUGUCCCCGUCUUCCACCACCCAGUCCCUGGGGCAGAGCCACAACUCCCCCUCCAGCGAAUUCGAGUGGAGUCAAGUCAAGCCCAGUUUGAAGUCAACUAAAACAAACAAAGGGGGGAAAUCAGAGAAUUCCAGCAAAUCUGGGUCAGCAGGGAAGAAAGCUAAACAAAAUAAUUCCUCACAGCCAAAGGUUUUAGAAUAUGAAAUGACUCAGUUUGAUUCCAGAGGGCCUGCAGCCAAACCCGGGUCCAGCACCCCCCCUACACAAAUACCCUCGGAAUCGCAGUGCAAGAUCAUGAUACCGUCCGCUCCGCAAGAAGUCGGUCGAUCGCAGCAGCAGUUUCUCAUUCACCAACAAAGUGGGGAGCAGAAGAAGAGAAAUGGAAUAAUGACAAACCCGAAUUACCAUCUUCAGAGCAACCAGGUGUUUCUCGGUAGGGUUUCCGUGCCAAGAACAAUACAAGACAGAGGGCAUCAGGAAGUGCUGGAAGGGUACCCUUCCUCAGAGACGGAAUUAAGCCUUAAACAAGCCCUGAAGCUUCAGAUUGACGGCUCUGACCCUAGUUUCAACUAUAAGAAGGAGACACCGUUAUAA